AGUGCCAGUGGCAUCCCUGGGGGAAGCCACGGGGAAGACCCCAAGGAGUGCUGAGCCCUGGUGAUAGCAGUGACCACAGGUACCUGGAUCCCCAGUGAUCCCUGUGGCUUGUGAUCAAACAGCCAGGUAGGGGCUGGAAUGCUGUUAGGAAAGAGCAGGGGAGCUAAAUUUAGCCCUGUUGGCUGUGUGGAUGUGUGCUCGAGGCACACAGAUGCACAGGUUCACCCUCUGUUUCCAGCUCCUGCGUGACCUUGGCUGGGUCCCUAGCUCCUGCUUCUCCUCCUCUCCUCAUUUGGGGGUCUGGCAGUGUCUUGGGAAUCCUGCAUCACAGCCUCUGCUCCCAGCCUGUUCUCCCAGACCUGCUCCCCACCUUCCCUUGGUGUUCCCAGCAGAACAGGUGGACCCAUCUGCCUGCUCAGAAACGGGGCAGAUGGAAUUGUUGCCCCAGACACUCUCCAGGAGGGAGAUGUUGAGGUGUUUAGCCAGGUUGGUCCCCAUGGGGCAGACACUUGUCUGGGGCACAGAGGACAAAUCUGAGUCAUUCCCAUCCUGGAUGUUUUGCCAGUGCCCAGAGUCCUGCUCCUCCCCGUGUCCCCCCCUGGGAACCGAGUGCCUUUUAAUAUCUGUGGCCCGUUUCCUUAGCAACUGCAUUAAGCAAAUCGAUGGAGGUGGUGUCAUUGGAAUGGGAGGGCAUGCCUUCUUUCCCCCUCCAACCCCCCCAUCCCCGCCACCCCCCACGCCUCCCUCCACUUGGCCUCUCUCCACUCUCACUCACAGGCACGGCCCUGCCCUGCCUGGGCUCUCAGCCGUGGCUCCCUCAGCCUCCUGCCACAGCCCUGCGCUGACCCCUGCUCGCCCAGGGCUGAUGGCAGGUGCCCCUGAGUAGGGGGUGACAGCCGAGCCCCCAGCAGGGACAAGGCCCUAGUCCUGGGGAUGCGUGGUCUGGCGGCUGAGGUGCUGGGGUGAGGGGCUCAAGGACUGUGGUAGGGAGGGCUGGGGGUGAGGGGCCAUGAGACACCCCCGCCAUGAACCUGGAAGGCCUUGAGAUGAUUGCAGUGCUGGUGGUCUUGGUCCUCUUCGUCAAGGUGCUGGAGCAAUUUGGCCUCUUCGAGCCCGUGUCCUUGGAAGACAGUGUUGAGGAUGAGUUUGAGCUCUCCACCGUCUGCCACCGCCCCGAGGGGCUGGAGCAGCUCCAGGAGCAGACCAAGUUCACCCGCAAAGAGCUGCAGGUCCUGUACCGAGGCUUCAAGAAUGAGUGCCCAAGUGGCAUUGUCAACGAAGAAAACUUCAAGCAGAUCUAUUCACAGUUCUUCCCUCAAGGAGACUCCAGCACCUAUGCCACCUUCCUCUUCAAUGCCUUUGACACCGACCACGAUGGCUCCGUCAGCUUUGAGGACUUUGUGUCUGGGCUGUCCACCAUCCUGCGGGGCACCAUUGAUGAUCGCCUGAACUGGGCCUUCAACCUCUAUGACCUGAACAAAGAUGGCUGCAUCACCAAAGAGGAAAUGCUGGACAUCAUGAAGUCCAUCUACGACAUGAUGGGCAAAUACACCUACCCGGCCAUGCGGGAGGAAGCACCCCGGGAGCACGUGGAGAACUUCUUCCAGAAAAUGGACCGGAAUAAGGAUGGCGUGGUGACAAUUGAGGAGUUCCUGGAGUCCUGCCAGAAGGAUGAGAACAUCAUGCGAUCCAUGCAGCUCUUCGACAGCGUGAUUUAGCUCCCAGACCUGCCUCCAGAUGAGCUCUCCUGACACUGGGCCCAGAACCUUCUCUCUCUUGACUUUUCCUUUGGGACUCCCCUUCUCCGGCUGCACAGACACCUCCAUGGAAAGGGGCCUUCCUUCCCUGAGAUGCAGUCGGAGCCGAGAUCUUCCCUUUCCCCUGGCCCAGCUCUGCUUUCCUCGGGGAAUCCCAAGCAGGUGCUCCCAGAUGUUGGAGCAUGGGCAUGGCUGGCACGGGAUGAGAAUUUCACCUGGAUGGACCUCCCUGCACUCAAUCCCGGUGGAAAAGACGCAUCCUUGGGCUGCAGUAGAGGUUUCCCCAUGCACACCACCUCAAGCAGCCACAGCUCACCUACCCUGAUCCUCCCCAGCCCCAGGAGCCCCCAGUCCCAGCUCCAGCCCAAAUCCUCCAGCAACACUGUCUAGAAACCAAUAAAGUCUUGCAAUGGGCAGAGCUUUGGCUUCCUCCCCUGCCCUGGCUGUGGCCCUGCUGUGGGAAGAUGUCUGGUGUGUCCACUGUGAGCCACCGGCCACCCUCCCUGUCCUGGGCCAGUGGGUGGGCAGAGGGGCUGGCCUGGAGAAGGCAGACACGUGAGCCCUGGGGGUUCAUUGCUGCAUGAGCUGUGGGGAGCACCCCCUGAUCCCAGGGAUCCUGGUUAGACCUACGAGGCUCUUCUUGAGAGGGGCAGAGGGGAGGCUAAAGGGACUCCAAGGUGACUUGUGGCAUUUGUCCCCCAGGAUGGAUGAUGAAGGGCUGGGAGAGCUGCAGCCUUGGCCCCUGUCCCUCAGGUUUGGGGUGCUGGCACAGGGGGACCCCAGGGAUCCACUCUGAGGCUCCAGUGGAGAGACACCCUUUCCAUCCUUCCCUAGGAUGUGACAGCCAGGGCACAUGUGGAAGAGGGAGAUGGGCUGCUCUCUGGUGGCCGUUCUGGUCCCACAGGGCUCAGAGCCAUGCUCCCGGCAUCAUUUGCUGCUGACUUUGCCCUGCUCCUGUGCCCUGGCCCAUCCCAGCCCACCUGCUGCCCUGGGGCCAGGGGAAUGAGCAAUGAGGCUGAGAGCUGUCCCCACAGGAUAGCCCUGUGCUGGUGACAUGGCUGAGCUGGCAGCUCCUGGAGGAGAAAGUCUAAGCUUUGGUUAGACAGGAGUCACUGCCACGCUGCUGGCAGGCUGGAGGGUCACCUUGGGGCAGGGGACUCUUCUCCUUUUUCCAGCAUGGCCAUGUGAGAGCCUGCUUGGGGACCUUGGGGAUGGGGACCCUGGGUGUUUUUGUCACCACCAGCUCCUUGGAGAUGGGUGUGUGCAGACAGGCCUGUCCUGCCCACUUACCACUCCAAGUCGUAGCUGGGAGAGUGAUGCCCAUGGGCAAAUGACCCCAUGCCAACUCCAGAAGCCCCUGACAGGCACUGGGAAUGUACCCAGUCCUGGCAGCCCCACCCUCUGUAUCCUUGGCCAGGGGUGGUUUGGGCUGGCCUGAGCUGCGAUGUCUGGGAUCAGCACGUAUCCUGGGCCAGACUCAGGCUGAGACCCUGGGGCUGCAGACAUUAGAAUUUAACCCCUGGGGCUCUGAGCCAAAGCUAUGGGGCUGCUUCCCAGGGGGACCAUCCCUGUCCCAGCCCUUGCAGAUAUCACAUGUUUUUUAGGCUCAUUUGACACAUUAUUUAUCUCGCAGACAUGAUGUGUUUUUUAGGUUCAUUCAACACACUGUUCAUCUCACAGUCCUGCUCCCAGGUUUGCUGUGGGGCUGAGCUCCCACUUGCAUUCUCCAAAGGGUGGAAGGGCCUUGCCCCUCCAUCUCUUGGCCCUUUUCUCCCUCCUCCCAGCUCCCUGGGGUACCCAUUGUUUGCUGCCAUGUGGAGCACCUGCUGCCUCCCCCCUCACGCUGUAGGUCGCAUGGUGUGACCCCCUGCCCCGGGGCAUGGUGACCCACAACCCGCUUGGCAUCUCCAGUCUGUAUAUUUUGUAUUAUAACAAUUAUAUGAGUUUAAAAAACAAAACAAAACAAAAAAACCAAUAAAAUCUAACCACAAUCGCUAUGCACACUA